AAGAGCCAGAGCAUCUACCAGGGUGGGGAAUCUGAUAAGGAGCAGAUCUCUAAGGAGCAGCCCGCUCUCCCGCUUUGUCUGCCCGUCUGCUGCCCCUGACCCAGCUUGGGCUACUGGCUGGGUGUGAAUUUGGACCCCUAUCCCAUUGGAGGAGAAGCCGCCUCCCUCCCGUCUUCCCCUUCUGGCCCUGGUUCCUGAACGCUUCUUUCUUUUUUUCCCCCAUGUAUGACGACUCCUAUCUCCAUGGAUUCGAAGACUCCGAGGAGGUGGGCUCAGCUGAUUCCUACACCAGCCGCCCAUCGUUGGACUCCGACGUGUCACUAGAGGAGGAACGCGAGGGUGCGAAGCGUGAAGUGGAGAACCAGGCUCAGCAGCAGCUUGAGAAGGCCAAGCACAAGCCGGUCGCAUUCGCCGUUCGUACUAAUGUCAGCUACUGUGGUGCAUUGGAUGAGGAAUGUCCCGUGCAGGGGUCGGCCAUCAACUUUGAAGCCAAAGAUUUCUUGCACAUCAAAGAGAAGUACAGCAAUGACUGGUGGAUCGGGCGGCUAGUGAAGGAGGGGGGAGACAUCGCCUUCAUCCCCAGCCCACAGCGGCUGGAGGCCAUACGGCUGAAGCAGGAGCAGAAAGCCAGGCAAUCUGGCAAUCCUGCCAUCAGCAACCGGCGAUCGCCUCCCCCAUCUCUAGCGAAACAGAAGCAAAAGCAGACAGAGCACAUUCCCCCAUAUGAUGUCGUGCCCUCCAUGCGGCCAGUGGUGCUGGUGGGUCCUUCACUCAAGGGAUAUGAGGUGACAGACAUGAUGCAGAAAGCUCUCUUUGAUUUCCUGAAGCACAGAUUUGAUGGCAGAAUCUCCAUCACCCGUGUCACAGCUGACCUGUCACUGGCCAAGCGCUCCGUGCUCAACAACCCAGGCAAACGUGCCAUCAUCGAGCGAUCCACGACCCGGAUUAACAUUGCUGAAGUCCAGAGUGAGAUUGAGCGGAUCUUCGAACUUGCCAAGUCACUGCAGUUGGUGGUGCUGGAUGCGGACACCAUCAACCACCCGGCCCAGCUGGCCAAAACCUCCCUGGCUCCCAUUAUUGUCUACGUCAAGGUAUCCUCCCCAAAGGUGCUGCAGCGGCUUAUCAAGUCCAGAGGGAAGUCGCAGGUGAAGCAUCUCAAUGUCCAGAUGAUGGCAGCUGACAAGCUUGUGCAGUGUCCUCCGGAACUCUUUGAUGUGAUCCUGGAUGAGAACCAGCUGGAGGAUGCCUGUGAACACCUGGCUGAGUAUCUGGAAGUAUACUGGCGAGCAACUCAUCAUCCUUCACACACUCCCAGUGGCCAGAACCUCAUGACACCUUCCACUGCCAUUCCAGGCCUGCAGAACCAGGCCCCGUCGGGCGAGCAGGGCACUGAGCGCUCCCCAGUGGAGCAUGACAGCUUGAUGCAGUCGGAUGAAACGAGCGACGCCUCCCGCAAGACAUGGACGGCAUCCUCUCAGCGCAGCUCUCGGCACCUGGAGGACGAGUAUUCCGAUGCCUACACUGACCUGUACCAGCCUCACCGCAACCACAACAGUGGCCUCCACAGCACCAAUGGCCACGACUCCCAGGACCGCCUCCUUGAGCGAGAAUCUGAGCACAACCACAAUGAGAGGAACUGGCAGCGCAACCGGCCCUGGGCCAAAGACAGCUAUUGAGACCCUCUCCCUGGCCUGGCCUCUACCCCCUCCUCACUCCUGGGCCGCCACGCCGCCGGGGACACAAAGCUGCUGCUCCCGCUGCCGCCGCUGCCACCGCCACCGCCCUCGGACCGAGUCGAUUGCCUGCUCUCUAGCCUUCCUCUCGUCCCUUACCUAGUGGAGCCCCAGAGUAGACAGGCCCUGCCCUGGUAUACAGGUGCUAUCUCUAUGGAACCCCAGCCACAGCCACAGCUGCCUGAUUCCUUUGUACAGGAAGGGUGGGUUCUUGUACCUAUUCUUUGCUUUGAAGGCAUUGAGGAUGGGGUUUUUUUUUGGCAGGGUAAAUUCCAUUGGCAGCCUAGCAUCCCCAUCCUGUUGCUGGUGGUGGGGAAGAGGAAUCAAGCUUCUCCAUCUGUGGAAGGGAUGCGGCUUCUCUUACAAGGGGAGCGGCAGUUCUUUCUCUGAUUCCAAGAGAAAAGGUCGGCGUUAGGAGGGCAAAACCAGGAACGCCUCUGCCUCUGUUCUCUUCGUGCAGCCUUCCUGAGCCCAGCAUCCUCCAGGUGUGUUGAACUGCAACUCCCAUCCACCCCCCGUCCACAGUCCAGCACAUUUGGAGGGAUGCCCGCUUGGGAAAGGGUUGGUCUGGUUCUCCAAGCAGGAAGUUUUAAGCCAGGACGUUGUUCCUUUGCCUUUGCCACGGGACUUGGUUCCAGCCCAUUGCUUUGCCGCCAGGCCAGGCCAGAAGUUCCGUGGUUGGUGGGAAAAAACAACAACCACCAAGACUUGCUCGUCAGUGCGUGAGAAGGGCUGUGCUCUGUGAGUCCAUUCACAGGUACUCCUGAGGCAGGUUGUAGUCAUUGCAGGUGAACCGUGGGGGCACUGGCCACCAUUUUUGUGCAUGUGCUUGAUGUUUUUUUGUGCAAGUGCUUGCUUUCAAACACUUUUUUUUUAAAGAUCGCAAGCAGCCGAUGAUGUUGAACCAUCCUUGAGCUGUACUAGUUCAGGUCUGAAGGAGUGGGUGCUGAGUUGACUACCCUGCACGCAGAAGAACCAUGUAUGAGGGAGAAGGGCUACAGUAAACAGACAUUUGGUUGUCUGUUUGCAGGGGAAAUUCUCUGUCUAUUUGAAGGAACACUUUCCUACCUGUAACCUGAACGGCUACAACCCAGAAACAGGCCAGUCCAUCACCUUUUGCUGCUGUUUGUUAAUGAACAUACAAAGCAUGAGCCAAGCAAUGAGUAGCAAGACAGCUGCAGCUCAUCCUUUUUUUCCCCCUGUGGAGUGUUAGUGCAACUGCCCCUAACAGUUACCUGCCCUAAAGAGAUCACCCUACAGAGGUUUUUCUACUUGAAGAGGUACAUAUAUUUUGUAUAUAACAGCUCACAGAGAUUCAGCCUGUAUUGGGAAGCUUCAGAGCCUGUGAAGGUGAUGAUGCUACCUUGUGCAAAGCUAUGCUCUGAUGGAACAUCAGGUCCCACCGUAACUUUCUCCUCCCGCCCCAUCGUCUCUUGUUUGUCUUCCAUGAACUGGAAGGCACGACCAAUUCUUAGGACGCUGAGAGGCAAAUGACCUGCUACACACAAAACAAUGCCUUUAGCCUUUAAAAACAUUCUUUUAAUCAAACACUGAUUUGGAAGUUGAUUUGGGAUAAGAAGCAGCUAUUAUUUUGAACAGAUCAUUUCCAAACUGCAUCUAUUCGAAAUAAAUCCUUGCAGCACUCAUUUGCCCAGUGAAUUCCAGAUCCACAGGUACAUCGUAGGUGGGGCAAGAGUGAUUUUUUUUUAAUUUGAGUACCAGAAUUGCUGGUGGGAAAAGGAUUCAGAAGCCUCUCAUGCUGUUCCUGCUCUCAGUGUCUCAGAACCCUGAAGCAGGGGAGGGUAAGCCCCUACUUUCCUCCUAACCAGUUGUCACCUCCUGAGGGCUACAGUCUGAUGCUUAGCCUGGAUAUGACCCUUCCCUUCCUCAUACGGACUCUUCUCUUUCUCUGCACAGACCCACCUCUUGUUAGGAACCUGAUAUUCGUAAAGCCACAAUAUGUGAACUUUUCUUUUUGAUUCACCAUCGUCCUUGGACUUUUCUGCAAAUUGCAUGGGGCCUUGAUCUUCCUUAUUGGGGCGAGUGUACUGGAGAUGUUGGAUGCAUGCCAGUUUUGCUACUGGGCAAUGCUUUCUACCUGUGUUACCUGUAGAUUCUGUCUUCAGGAGUGAGGAAGCACGGGGCUAUGUCCUCCCCUCUUGCUUACCGUCAAAUGCACAACCCCUUCCACCCCUAGAUGGCCAGUUUGCUCUUCCAUGCCUCCCCCAGGCACCUUGAAUAUUUCACUGGGCAAGUGGAUGGCAGCCCCCCCGCCCUUAAAAAGCACGUACGCCUAUCAAAAAUCAGCCUGUACAUAUCGCGCAAUAACAUCACGAGUUGUUUGAGCAUUAAGUCCUACGCCCUGGACUACUCAGAGCUAGGAAGGAAGUUUAUUUUUCCUGGCUUAGAUCAUUUCAAGGGCAGGGAAACCUGGGUUCUGCCCCUGCGGUCCCCAUCCUGUGGGCUGCCGUGGCAACAGCUUUGUUACUGUUCUUUUGUAGAGAGCACUUCUUCCCCCCCCCCAACAACUUGUAAGUGGUUUGAAAGAACAAGCGUUUGCUGUUU